UUGUCAGAUGUUUUUUAAAGCGGCAGUAGAAGCCAUGGAGAUGUGUUCCGAUACCAUUUGUAUCUUUGUUCUUCCUUUGUCUGUAUCUUUUUUAUCUUUUUAUUGUUUUUUGUCAAAGUUACCGGGAAAAAUCCUUUCCAUGUGGUUUUUGGUAUUUUCCAUUACUUUUUACAUUGUAUGAAUUCUGUUUUUUCUCCAUAAUGAUUCCUCUUCCAUGGUUUGGGAACUUCUCCCUUUUUUCUUUAUCUUCCUAGAAUUUUUGAUGCUAUUUAAGAAAUAAGAUAUCAUUUUUGAAUGUUGCUGGGAUAUGACAUGAAGUUGGUCACGUGAUCAAAUCCUAUAACGCCCGGAGGGCGUUAUAGUAGAUUUGAUCACGUACCAGUUUCAUGUCAUAUCCCAAUAACAUUCAAAAAUACAUAUUUAUGAACAUAAAACAUUUAUGGAUACUGUAUUCAUAAUUACCGCCACUGUCUAUAAAUACCACCUAUUAUUUUUGGUACUUGCGCAUGCGCAACUUGGUAGUGUCACUCGCAAUUUUUUAUUCGAUGUUUACAAUUGUGUUUGGAAGAUUUUAGUAUUAUUUUGAUGUUUUAACGGAUGCUUUAUACCUGAUACCAUACGACCAGUAUUAUAUUAUCCCUGGAUAUUAAUUACGACGCAUUUGAGAAUUAUGGCUUCCCGUCCGAAGAAACGCAAAACUAAGUCCUCAACAACAGGCCCAGCGACUCCUCUACAAAAAGAAACGUCAGAGCUAAAAGACUUGGUAACGGAAUGUAUGACAGCAGCCUUACCAAUCAUUGAAAAUACAGUAAAAGAGUGCUUGACCAAACUGAAGAGCAACCAAGGCUCAGCAAGCACAUCAACAGCCCCACAACCAGAAGAGAGUGUGAACAACACCACUCCAAAUACAUCCACUUUCAACGCAAUUAUUGACUUGGAACCUAGCACAGGUAUUACCUCACUAACUCAUGAUGUGCAACAAAACAUUUCUCCUGUGGGGAUUUCAAAACCUGUGGGCUUGGGGGUGGACACCAAAAUCAAGGCCAAAAUAUUUGCAAAUGAGUAUGUCAAAAUGGCCUCAUUGCUCCCCAAGUCUAGCAUUGAACAGGAGCCAAAAUUUAAAUCGGUCGAAAAAGACGGACAACUGGUUUUUGUCCAGACUAAUGACACUAAUCAAAUCAAAUCCAUCGCCCAAUGGAUGGAGGCUUUUCAUGUCUUCGUUGCUCUCCACUGCACUAAAUACCCAAAUGAAGUUGGGCAGCUUAUGACAUAUGCCCAAAUUAUUCAGGGCAUAUCCAAGUCAUGUGGAGAUGAAGCGGCCAUAUGCUAUGACGAAAAAUUUAGGCAAUGGCGACAGGUUGCACCACGAGCCUGUCCCUGGGAUAGGAAAAACUCUGAACUUUUCCAUGAUGCAAUUGUUCAGGGAUUAGAGGCGAAAACAAAGCUAAAGAAGCAGCCCUUUCGAUCUACAUCUUCGAAGCAAAAGUAUUGCUUCACUUUCAACAACAAAGGCUCCUGCAACAAAGGCAAUUCCUGUCCAUAUGCACAGAUAUGCCAAUACUGCUCUGGCAAACACUCAAUACUUCAGUGA